AUGCUAUCUAAAAAGCGAAAGGUGAAUGAAUAUGAUACCGUACAUCUCAGUAAAGAGUGUAGCGCUAUUGUGCAACAAAAACUACUGAUGAAGCACAAGGAUCAGUGGAGUUUCACUAUACCUUGCACCAUCGGUUCUACUUUGAUUGAGCAAGCUCUUUGUGACUUAGGUGCAAGUAUAAAUCUCAUGCCACUCUCGAUCGCCAAGCAUAUUGGGCUAAAUGAAAUUAGUCCCACUACUAUGUCUCUUAUCAUGGCGGAUCAGUCUAUUAAAUAUCCAAGAGGCAUUGUGGAGGACGUUUUGGUGAAGGUUGACAAGUUAGUCUUUCCGGUGGAUUUUGUGUUUCUUGAUAUGGAGGAGGAUUCUAAUAUUCCUAUUAUCUUGGGGAGACCCUUCUUGCUUACCGGACACACUCUUAUUGAUGUUGAAAAGGGUACUCUAGCUUUGCGGAUAGCCGAUGAGCAAGUCACUUUUAAGGUACUUGAUGCUACCAAAUACCCACUUGAUAAUGAUUCUUGUUUUAGAAUUGAUACGCUGGAUCAAAUUCUUGCUUGGACUCAUACAACAAAAUCCAUGAAGGAUCCCCUAAAAACUUGUUUUGAUGCAUGGGGAUGUCUUAAAUGCGUAUGA